AAUAUUCAGUAAAUCGAAAUGGUUUUAAAACGAGUGUAUGAGGUUCUGAAGAAGAGAUUUGAUGACGGUUACGUCAACUCGCCUCUGGACUUCAAGUAUGUGAAUCAACUUCAAUUCGUGAUGACGACCAUAGGCGCCUGGCCAUAUAAGCAAUUUGGACGAAAUCGAUUAGCCGCCAUUUUUUCCAUAUACAAUGCCUUUCUAAUACUCGUUGGCACCAGUUCGAACGCUUUAUGCUUCAACUAUAUACGUGUGAAUAGAACAAAACUGUCGUUUUUUGAUUUGGGCCAUAAUAUUUUGUGUUGGAUUUUCUGUGGCUUAUAUCUGCAAAGGCUAUUGACGGCGAGGACAAGUAAAUAUCAAGAGACAAUUAAGGAUUAUUUACAUCAGUUUAACUUGUUUUACUUCAAGGGACGAUCACCAUACGCUGCAAAGGUACACGCGCAAAUCCACAUUAUAUCAGGGAUGUUCACAAUCUACGUGAUGUGGGAAAUGUUCAUAGGAGUGUCUCUGUUCAUAUUUAUGCCGUGGUUCAACAACUAUAGCAGAGAUAUGUUCGGUGAGAACCGGCCCCAAAACAGCACGUUUGAGCACUCUGUAUACUAUUAUCUACCUGAUGCCGUUUAUUCUACUGAAGAGGGAUACUGGAUGCUAUUCAUCUGCAAUAUUCCAUUAUCCUACUUCACCACAAUUGGCCUUUGUGUUUUUGACCUCUUGCUGUGCCUGAUAGUGUUUCAAAUUUGGGGGCACCUAAGAAUUCUAAAGCACAAUUUGCAAGAUAUUCCUCUGCCGGAGAAUAAUAUUAUGUACUCAGUUGAAGAGAAUAGUAAAAUACGCCUGUUGUUAAAGGAGAAUAUAAUGCAUCAUAACUUUAUUAUAAAAUUCGUCGACAGAUGCUCGGACGCCUUCAGCGAAUAUUUGUUUGCGUUCUACCUGUUCAUGCAGUUCAUCACCUGCAUCUUACUGCUGGAAGUUUCGUCGUUCACCGCCGACUCGCUGGCUAAGUACGGCCCCUUAACCAUCGGCAUGCAUCAGCAGUUAAUACAAGUGUCUAUAUUGUUUGAAAUGUUGAAUACCAAGAGUGAACAGCUGGUCGACGCCGUAUACGCCAUCCCGUGGGAGCAUAUGAACACGAACAACAGAAGAACUGUGUUAUUUUUCCUGCACAGAAUCCAGACCCCUGUCAGUCUGAAGGCCGCCAAAAUCGUUCCUGUUGGGGUCAAUACUAUGUCCGCGGUCCUGAAAACUACGUUCUCGUAUUACAUGAUGCUGAAGACUUUAGCCGGGGAGCGAUAAUUUGGUCGGAGUGCGGGAAAAUAUCUCGAAUGCUUACUUUUUUUUACUAUGU